AUACAAUUAGCUUUCCACCAGGCGUCACCCUGGUGGCAUUGUUGAGACAUUUGCGACAGCGCCUUUUGCACGAUUUUAUGUAAUUUGUCCCUUACUACGAACCGUAACGUUUCUUCCGAGCCACCGUACAUCCCACCGCGUUUGUUUGCUCUGUAAAGGCGAGUGUAGCGGUAUAAUGUCUCUUCAGACAACUAAUCCUAAUAACCCCAUUGUUUUCUUCGACAUUACCAUCGGAGGGCAGGAUGUUGGACGGAUGAAGAUUGAGCUGUUUGCUGAUGUGGUUCCGAAGACAGCAGAGAAUUUUCGGCAGUUCUGCACUGGAGAGUUCAGGAAGGAUGGAGUCCCUAUUGGUUUCAAAGGUUGCACAUUCCACAGGGUGAUCAAAGAUUUUAUGAUACAAGGAGGGGACUUUGUUAAUGGUGAUGGAACAGGUAUCUGCAGCAUCUACAGAGGUCCCUUUGCAGAUGAAAACUUCAGAGUGAAGCAUUCAGCACCUGGUCUUCUAUCCAUGGCAAACAGUGGUCCAGGGACAAAUGGUUGCCAGUUUUUCCUUACCUGCACUAAAUGUGACUGGUUAGAUGGGAAGCAUGUAGUUUUUGGAAAAGUGGUAGAUGGUUUGCUGAUCAUGAGAAAAAUUGAGAAUGUUCCUACAGGACCCAACAACAAGCCAAAACUCCCCAUAGUCAUUGCACAGUGUGGAGAGAUGUGAUCACAACAUCACUGUAGAAACUACACAACCUGUAUGAAGGUCUUCUCCCAUAAUGCAAAUUGAAGAGCAUUUUAAAGUUAGUAGGACAUCACUUUGGCCAUUGUCUGAAUUUUGUAUUCCUAAUUUUGAGUCGACUGUUGCAUCCAAACCCUAAUAAAAUGACUGACAUCUUAGGGGGGUUUGGUAAUGACAGGAUCUAUGUAAUGUUUGGGUUUGAAAUUAAUUUUGAGAAGCCUUAUGUUCAACAUUGUUGUUAAUGUUUUCUGAGUCUAAAUUUGACUUUUUUCAGCCUAAAUAAUUUGGAUAGCAUGUGAAUCAUUCUAAUUUAAUUCUCACUAUGUAUGACUUAAGUUGUUUUUCCAUUUUUAUAAACUUCCAGAGGACCUCUUACUUGACUGAAAAAUUUGUUUAAAAAAUGUACAUGCCAGUAGCUUUGCUUUUUGCAUUAGGUUGCUAUAUUCCCAAUAUUCAAAGUUUAAAGAGAAGGGGCAUGCUUUUCCUUGUUUUCUGGCUUAUCUACAAUGUUACAAUGGUGAAUUAUCAUUUUAGAUGUGACCUAAAGCUCAAAAAAUGAGGUGUACAUAUGUUUUAUUAUUUCUAUGCAGAAGCAACUCUGUUUAUACAAGUCUAGCAUACUCUCGCUAUCGAGACUUUUUUCUACCAAAAUAAAGUAUUACGUGAUAGUUUAAGGAUCUCCUUGAAUGGGCAUUAAAUCCAGGUCGUUGCGCGUUCAUGUUAGUUUGCCUGACAUUCAUCGGGGCCUCCACCAUAUUGGCAAAACGUUAUACUGCCUUGUUUAUCUUUAUUUUCAAUAAAGAUUUUUUUAA